GAUGGAAACGCUGCUCGCAUCGUCGAGCGUCCGCCUUCGAGCCCUCCUCCCGCGCUCCUGCUCUCGCCGCGUUCCCACAGUUGGGAAGCGGACCCUCCGACACACUCCUCCUCCUCCGAGGAGGAACAUGAGCGCCUCCGCCGACGCAGCGGCGGUCACCGCCGGAGUCCCCGCGCCUUCCCCACCGGGAAGCGGCGGAGACAAUGCACCUGGGGCCGACGUCGUCGUGCAGUACGUGGUCCUCCGGCGCGACCUGAUCGACAGUUGGCCGCUCGGGAGCGUCGUCACCCAGGGCUGCCAUGCCUCGGUGGCCGCCGUCUGGAACUACCGCCACCACCCCGACGUCCUCGCCUACUGCUCCGACCACAACCUCGACUCCAUGCACAAGGUGACACUGGAGGUGAAGGGUGAAACGCAGUUGAGGAACCUGUCGGACAAGCUCAAGACGGGAGGGAUCGAUCAUAAGCUGUGGGUGGAGCAGCCGGAGGACUUCCCCACAUGCCUCGCAACCAGGCCCUAUCCAAAGUCUCAGGUUGCCUCUUUCUUUAAGAAGCUAAAGCUCUGCAAGUAAGCAGUAAAGCAGUCAAAAUAAUGCCACCAGGUGUUCGAUCUAAUGCCAUCAAUUGUUCGAUUGGUGUCUUUAACUGCUAUUCCUCUUCAAACUGAAACGAUUUGUGAGGUCUUCAAUAAAUGCAUCCAACAUUAGUAUCUAAAGAA